CUCAGAUUCACCGCUCUCAUUGCAGGAUCUAGCAUUUCAAAGCUAUUAGACAUUGAAAGAUACUUCUUAAUGGUGUUUAGUCCAAGUUAUCUGCCAAUACCAGAGUUUCUGGAGUGAAAAUGGGCGCCGUCUCUUUACAGCACCUUGGUUUUGCACUAACACACCAGUGGAACGAAUUUAGUGGACCACAGAGACGCGUCGCGUUUCCAUCACCAAUUUACUCCGUACCAUGCACUUUCCUUUGUGCCAGCCUCGACCACUGCCAAUUUCGACUACACCAUCAUUCUUCCUGACAACAGACCUUCUGAGCGCCCUGCUGCCUGCUGCAAGAACAAUGAGCAUUUAACCAUCAGAUAAGAAACAUUGGGGCGUUCAAUUUAUCGUGGAAGUUUAAAUGCCUUCUUCUGCCGGCCUCGAAAAGCCUGACCAGAACCCCGACAGCGAACCACUCUUUGGUGAUGGCGGGCCACCGCGCGGUUCGAACGCUGAUUCCGACCCCUUUAGAUUCCUUCAAUUGAGGGGCGGAGAUGGUUCACGCACCUUCGAUCAAGAUGAGGAUGAGAAUGAGGCCUCAUCUGACUACGACAUGGUUCAGCCCCCAGCCCGGCAACCAGCUCUAUCCCGGCUAGGAAAUAGCGUCUCGAGUUCUGAGUUUCAGCCUGGCUCCAUCGUCCGCGUCAAGGUCCGGAACUUUGUAACCUACGAGGAGGCCGAGUUUUUUCUCGGCCCGAACCUGAACAUGGUCAUCGGACCCAAUGGCACGGGAAAGAGCUCUCUCGUUUGCGCCAUAUGCCUAGGGCUAGGGUAUUCAUCGAGUGUUCUGGGUCGGGCUAGCGCGUUUGGGGAAUUCGUCAAGCACGGUAAGGACGAAGCCGAAAUCGAGGUGGAGCUGCAAAAGAAACCCGAGGACGCCGAAAACUAUGUUGUCGGCCUCUGCAUUAAACGAGAGGACAACAGCAGGAAGUUCACGCUAAACGGACAGAGGGUUCCGCACAAGGAGGUACAGAAGCUUAUGCGGUCACUCCGAAUCCAAAUCGACAACCUGUGUCAGUUCCUCCCUCAGGACAAGGUUGCAGAAUUUGCCGGGCUCAGUCCUGUUGAGCUUCUGGAGAAGACUCUCCAUGCGGCUGCGCCUGAAGAGAUGAUUGACUGGCAGCUCCAAUUGAAAGAAGACUACAAACUGCAGAGAGACUUGCAAAAGAACGCCGAGAAGAUACGCGAAGAAUUGCGGAAGAUGGAGGCUCGCCAGCAAGUCCUCCAGGCGGACGUCGAGAAGCUCCGCGAGAGGAAAGCGAUCCAGGAGGAGAUUGAGCACCUGACCAAGCUGCGGGUGGUGGUGAGAUACAAAGAAUCUCGAGAGAAUCUCAAGGCAGCAAAGAGGCGGAAAACCGAAGCGGAGCGUUUUCUCAAAAGGUUGCAAGACAGCGUUGCUCCUGCGCUUCAAGCGGUCAACAAGAAGCAGGAGUAUCACUCCAAGAUCAAGUCCGUCCUUAAUAACAGACAGCAGCGCCUGCAGGCCGCCCAAGCCGCUGCUGAUUCGGCGGUUGGCCAAGUUGAGGCUGCCGAAUCGAAAUGUCAAGAAUUGUCAACCAAGAAAGAGGCAGAGAAGGGCACGUUUGCUACCAAAAGGAAGGAGCUGAGCCGUCUUCGAAAGACAAUCACCGAUCUGGAGGCGUCAUAUCGACAGGCUCCGAAAGAGUUUGACGCGGCGGAUUGGAACAGGAGAAUUCGAGAACAAGAACAUCAGCUCCGCGACGCGGAAAGGAACGCUAAAGAGAUUGAUGAUGAAUGGACUCAACUGCGGAACCAAGGGCACGAGAAUCGUAACAAGAUUGGAAGAUUGAGGAGCAGUCUGGAAGGGCUAGAAUCCCAACGAGGCCAACUCCUGACCCAGUUGAAGAGGUUCAACGCUGAUGCAGCCAAGGGUUGGGAAUGGCUGGCCGAAAAUCAAGAAGGGUUUCGGCAGGAAGUCUUCGGGCCUCCUAUGCUAUCAUGCUCUGUCAAGAAUUCUGCCUACACCGACCUCGUUCAGUCGAUGCUGCAACAAGACGACUUUCUAUGUUUUACAGCGCAAAAUAAGGACGAUCACAAAAAGUUGAGCGACCAAUUUUACGGCAAGAUGGGUCUAUCUGUCACGAUCCGCACCUGCUUCACUCCAUAUAGCUCAUUCAAGUCGCCUCUCCCCAAGGAGCAGUUGGAGAGCCUUGGUUUUGACGGCUAUGUCAAGGACUAUCUUGAAGGGCCGGAGCCGGUACUUGCCAUGCUCUGUUCCGAGAAGAAACUGCACACAUCCGCGGUCGCGCUGAAAGAUAUAUCAGACGAGCAGUUCGAACGCAUCCAGCAAAUGGAGCAUCCAUCCCAGUUUGCUGCUGGGAAGACACUCUAUCGCAUCAUACGCAGGCGAGAAUACGGCCCCUCGGCUGUAUCUACGCGCGUGCAGCAGGUCGGCAAAGGCCGGUUCUGGACCGACCAGCCGGUGGACGCGGCCGAAAGGGAAGCAAUCGAACGUCAGAUCCAGGAACUGGAGAGGCAGAGAGCAGAAUUAACCAAGAGAUACAACGCCGUGAACAUGCGAAAGACGGAAGUACGAGAGGAAAUUGAGGAGAUGGAAAAGAAGAAAAGGGCUUUGGAGAAAGCAAAGCAUGAGCUUCAGAAACAGUUCAUGAUGUGGCAGUCCCUUCCGAACAAGAUAGAGUCCGAAAAGAGGUCGCUGCAGCAGACGGAAGAGGCCAUGUCCGAACUCAGGGGCAAGAUAUCGGAACUGGACAAGCUUCAUGACCAGGAAGUUCUGGAUAAAGCCAGAGCUGUUCUUCACCAUCACAAACAGAUUGACGGCAUUCGAAAUGCGCGCCAAGCACUAUUGGAAGCCCAGGUUCUCCUGUUGGAGGCGGAGUCUGACGUGGCGAUACUCAAAGACAGGAACUCGGAGAUCACGCAACAGCUCGAGGAGGGCAAAAGGUCGCUGCAAGAGAUUACGCGUGAAGUGGCGGAGCUGCGAGAGGCUACGGUCCAGGCGUUGAAAGAGGCCGAGAGCGUCAUGGCUCCAGAAAAAGACGAUUCACUGUCGGUCAAAGCCGUAGGGCAGACGGUUGAGUUAGUCGACCAAGCGAUUUCGGUGGAGAGAGCAAAACUCGAGGUCAUCCACGCUAGUAACCCGGCUGCCCUCGAAGAGUAUGAGCGCUAUGCAGCCAAGAUCGAGAGAGAGCGAGCCAAUCAGGCGAACCAGGAGAGCAAGCUCGCCGAGCUCAACGAAAGGAUUAAGCACAUCAAGGGGCAGUGGGAACCCAGGCUGGACAGGCUUGUGGGCCAGAUCAACGAGGCUUUCAGCUACAACUUUGAGCAAAUCAGUUGUGCCGGGGAGGUAGGGGUGCACAAGGACGAAGAUUUUGACAAAUGGGCCAUCGAAGUCAAAGUCAAAUUCCGCGAGAACGAGACGCUCCAACGGCUCGACCAGCACCGGCAGUCUGGCGGCGAGAGGGCAGUCUCGACCAUCUUUUACCUGAUGGCUCUCCAAUCUAUGGCCCAGGCACCGUUCCGGGUGGUUGAUGAAAUCAACCAAGGUAUGGAUCCGAGGAACGAGCGCAUGGUACACGAGCGGAUGGUUGAGGUUGCGUGCCGCGAGCACACGAGCCAGUACUUCCUCAUCACGCCCAAGUUGUUGUCGGGCUUGCGAUACGACGAGCGCAUGCGCGUGCACACAAUUGUCAGCGGCGAGCACGUCGACGAAAAGGGCACCGAGAUGAUGAACUUUGCAAAUUUUGUGAAGAUACAGCGGAGGUUGACGGGGCGUUGAUAGGAGAGAUGGAAAAGGGAUCUCAUCUUUUGCGCUUCAGGGUAACAUUGUACGACGGGAUGAUUGAUGAUACUGUAGACACCAGCCACUCACUGCCCAGCAAUAUUGGCAACAGAUUCGUCGUACCUUUGAUAGAUACAAUACGUUAAUUACCAGCAGUCCAACGGUCGUCAGGGCUUCUAUGCGCAUCAGCCACAGCUCUUGCAACAACCGGCUUGUCUUUCACCC